AUGCCUCUGAAAUGCACGAAGUGUGGCGCCCGGGUGCGCAAGCGAAUGGUCGGUGGGAAAUGCAAAUGCCUGCUUUGUAAGCGUUGCGCUUCUGAAGACGAAUUCCAAUGCCUGAAAUGUUUGCCGUUGACUGAAGUUGCAGGUGUAGACGAAAAAGUUCGUGAACUUGAAGAGCCUCUAAAUGCAAAUGCAGCCUCAACCUCCAAAUGCAGCCUCAACCACGCGGCAUCACUCACAAAGGAAUCGGCGCCGAUAAUGUACGACCGGAUGGCCCUGCGCUUUCUGCAACGCCUAAAACAGGGUCAACAGAACUUAGCGCCAAGAUCGAGAGCGAAGGCUCGCGCAAACCGAAAAUAUGUCGUUGGGAUUUACGAAGCCCUCAAGAGUGUACGGGCUUGCCAGGCCAAACUAAUCAUCAUCGCGAAGGAUGCUACGGAAACCGCGAAGUCGGCGAUGUUCGCCUUGUUUUACGAGAGCGAUCUCAAAAAUGUACCAAUCAUCCGGGCGGCCGACAAGCGCUCGAUCGGUCAACUCUUGACAAGCGGCAGAUACCUGAGCUGCAUAUGCGUAGUCGACUGUAAUGGGCUCGAGCGAGAAGUGGAAUUACUUCUGAAAGACGCCAAGACCACCGAAGCCACAAAUGCCGAUGUGAAGCAUGACGAAGCGAAA